AUGCGUGUUUCCACGGAGAAACUGCAUAUUUGUACGGAGAAGAGGCUUUCCGUGACAGAACAAUGGCAAUAUUCCACGGACAAGUUUGAUUUCCAUAGAAUAACAACACAUUUGUACGGAGAAGGUGCAACUUUGUACGGAGAAGGUGCAACUUUGUACGGAGAAGGGUUGGCCCGUAUGGGCCACCGUUUCAUAUUUUAUUUUAACACUGCAGAGAACAACAAAAAAAUACUUUUCUUAGGCUUAGCGGGAUUUGGAUUUAUACAGCUUCCAAGGGAUCAAUUGGAGAUCUAGACAUUUAAAAUAUAAUGAUGACUUUCUACACGUACAUUCUUGUUUAGUCUUCGUUGAACACUUUAUCUUUCGAGGAUGGCAUACAUCUGUGGUACUUGUUCAAAGAGUUUCACUCAAAUGAGGAACUUAACUCGACAUAUGAAAACAACGCAUCUGGGGGGGGGGUGCUUUCCAUUUAAUGGCCUGACCGGUCAGACCCGAAUUUUUGUCUCUGUAUCAAUGGAAAGAUCUGGUCUAUCUUUCUGAAAUAUCUAGCGAAAAUGAACCUCAUUCUAAUUUUAUUUAAAUUUUCCGGUCAGAUAGGUCCAAAGCCCAAACGUUUUGUGUUCCAUUCAACAAUUUGACCGUUCUGACCGGUGUGGCCGCGUUAUUGGAAAGCGCCCUGGGUAAGACAUUUAAGUAUCAAGAGUGUGAUAAGUUGUUUACAAGAAUAGAUGCCCUCAUUCGUCAUGGUCAGCAACAUCGGCAGUUGGUCACCCACAGAUGCGAUAAGUGCCUGCAAGAGUUCUAUCGUCGUGAUAGGUCCCAUUUGUUAUUUAUGCUGAAUUUGAAAGCGUCACAGCCAAGAUCGAUUCAGUUUCCCCAAAUCCAACUAAAUCACCUACUGAGAAAUACUAGCACCAUGAACCGUGUGGAUUUUCCUACAUAGUCAUAUCAGAAGUCAAACAAUAUUCCAAAUCACCUGUGGUUUAUCGUGGUGAGGACGCUGCGGAUAAGUUUCUGGAGUGUUUAGAAGAAGAGCAAAAACAUAUUCAAGAGAAACUUGAUUUCGUCGAGUCAAUGCGAAUUGGAAGAGAAGAAGAGCAGGCGUUUCAAGAUGCAGUCAAUUGUCAUAUUUGUGGAUAUGAGUUGGGAGCCGAUCGUGUUCGUGAUCACUGUCAUCUCACCGGAAAGUUUCGUGGAGCUGCACCAUAGAAAUAAUAUGAAUAUAGAAUGCGUACUUGACACGAAUCAUGUCUCCACUUUUUCUCAUGCGUGCCCUUAUAAAUCCGCCAUGUUGAAUUUGAGUAGGAGUGCAAAAUACAAAGUAUAAACAAAGCUAAAACUACGUUUUCAUCGUCAAAACGUUUUGUCUUGUUGUCUAAUUUGUAGUUUGGGGAUAAAUUUUGAGUUCUUUGAAGGCACAAACUGUCAAAGCAAAUCUGCAGUUACAGAAACGGUGAAAAUCGUGCAGUCUUGUAAAAACAAAGUAGUUUCGCGUAAAUAUAAUUCACUCAUAAAACAUUUUUUUGCAUGCUGAACGUUACUACUGUCACAGUUUUGCAAAUAUCUUAUAAGAUUACAAAAUGAUAGUUCUUUCUUCGUGUGUUUUCAUGUUCUUGAAACAAAAAUAUUUAGUUGUCGAUAAACUGUAAAUUGCUUAAAUAAUCGUCGAAAACUAUAGUUUCAAAAGCGUUGCCUCAAGCUCAAGCAUGCAACGUACAAAAAUAUGAAAAGUAAUUGUGUAAGUAUAAAAAGAUUAUUGAACUUCAUUUAUAUUAUAAAAGAGUUGAAAUAUUUGUAGAACACACCUUAUUGAGUUUGAGUUUGUCUUGAACUUUCGUGUUUUGUUUUGACUUGCAAAACAACGUUGAAAAUUUAUUUUUAAACGACGAUUUCUGUUUAUAUUCUGUUCAGAACUAUUGCUUUUCGUAUUAAAAAAAAGCCCACUGGAAUGGGGUUUUAGACACUUUUUUUACUUCAAAACGUUUUUCCAUUUUAAACCUCGAUAUAAAAUUUGUUGCAAACUUUGCAGUUGAAAAAACAAUUCGCACUCCCUGCAACCACGCGAAAUUCCCCGCCUCAGGAGUCUGUGAUCAACAAAAAUGCCCUUACAAAUCCGCCAUUUUGUGGAGACAAAUGUUUUACUGAGAAAAGAUAGGAGUACGCAUUCUAUGUCUAUUAUUUCUAUUAUUUCUAUGAGCUGCACACAACGACUGCAAUCUGAACUAUAGUUUUACUGGACGAAUUCCGGUUAUUCUUCACAAUCUACGCGGGUAUGACUCUCAUCUGAUUAUGCAAGGACUUGGAAAACUGAAAAAUAAGAAGAUCAACUGCAUCCCGAAUAACACCAAGAAAUACAUAUCUUUCUCCGUCGAUAAUUUGGAGAUCGACUAUCUGUAAUUCAUGAAUGCAUCGCUGGAAAGUUAGUAUCCAAUCUAGCAAAGGACGGUUGAGACGGUGAUAAUAAGUUUCCAACUCUAAAUAAAUACAUCGACAGCGAUAAAGUACAACUGCUUCUGAGAAAAGGCGUCUACCCCUAUGACCAUAUGGAUUGUAUAGAAAGAUUUGAAGAGCCAACCUUACCACCGAAGGGGUCAUUUUACAACGUACUGAACGAUGAACAAAUUUCAGACGGGGACUACGCCCACGCAACGAGUGUGUUUAAAAGCUUCGUGUGUCAGAAUAUGGGUGAUUACCAUGAUUUGUAUUUGAUGUCUGAUGUUCUUCUCCUUGCGGAUGUGUUUGAAAAUUUCCGAAGCGUCUGCUUGAAAGCUUACAACUUGGAUCCUUGUCAGUUCUAUACAAGUCCUGGACUGGCAGCGUGUUUGAAAAUGACCGACGUGGAACUUGAGCUGGCUUUUGACUGA